AUGCAUAUUAUUAAUGCUUUUAAGACAUAUAUUUGGGAAUAUACAUUGAUAAAUUAAGCUAAAAUUUCAGUUUUGAAGUAUAAAAAAAAGGAAUUGCUUAAAACAAAAUGGCCUUACUUCAUAAACUUAUGUCGUCUUCAAAUAUUUUUGGCUUUGAUGCAAUUAUUGUUCAAUUUCUUGUUAUUUGGAUCAAAUAAUCAUUACAAAGCUUUGCUGGUUGAUAUUGGAAUAUCGUUAAUUAUAAAUAUUAUUGAUAGAUGCUGUUUAAAUAGACUGAGUAAGGGAAGGAAAUUUGUAGUAAUUAUUCUUUUAAAUUUCUUUUAAGGCAUUUAUAUUGGAAUUUCAGAGAAAAUUUUAAAUGAUAAUCAAUUUGUCUAAUUCAAUUAACACUUUUUAAUACAUUUUAUGACUAAGAUUAUGUGGAUGAUUGCUUUAAUUAGUACGUAACCUCUUUUUAUGUGUAAGGUGAUAAUCUUUCUAUUUUAUUAUGUCGUCAUUUGUUACUUUCUUUCAGUUUGGAAGAGUGCCAUUUAUGAUUUCUGUAUUGCCAUACUCAUAUUUAUAAUUUACACAGUGCAAGAAGAGGAGAAAUUCAGAAAACUGAUUUGCAAUUAAAUAAUUCCUAAACAAAUAAUUAGCUCAUUGCCAUAACCUAUAUUUUUAAUUAAUUUAUCUACUCUAGAAUUUGUCAUCUACAAUGACAUGUUUAAAUAGUAUCUGAAUUCGCAAAAGGACGAAUUGGAUAUCACUUCUACAAAGAGGAUGCUAACUUAAUUUUAGUCUUAUGGAAAUCAAUAAGUAUUUAAUGUAAUCGAUUCCGAAAGAUUGAAUUUAUUUGAAACCAUUUAAAUUAUCAAACUAUAAGAUGAUGUAACUACUUAAAAUGUGAAUUAUCAGUUUAUAUUGAAUGACAAAGAAGUCUAUGACGUGAGAUUUCACAACAAUAUCAUAUACAACGAUAAGAAAUGUCUUCUGGUCUGUCUAUCAGACAUUUCAGCAAUAAUUGAGAAAACUAAACUCUCUGAAAGAACAAUUUUGAAAAGCAAAUUAAUUAAAUCAUUAUCCCAUGAAUUAAGAACCAGAAAAAAUAUCAUAUAAGGUUUGUUAAAACUAUAUUUGGAUAAAAACAAUGACGAUUAAAAUAAGGAGUUGAUUUGUCAAGCCUAUUACAAUUCAAAAAUAGAAUCCAAUAUCAUUAGUUCAAUUAUAAAUUACAAUUUGUGUUUAGAUGAUCAGGUGAUUAUAAAAUAUCAAUUGAUUAAAGUCAAUGACAUUCUGGACAGAAUUAUAGACAAUUUCAAAUAUGAAAUAAAAUCUAAACAAAUAGCAAUCCUGGACAAUUAUCAUCCUGAAACUAACCAUACCCUAUAUACUGAUCCAGAAAUCUUUGAAUAGAUAAUAACCAACAUAAUAAGCAAUUCCAUAAAGCACUGUGAUAAGCAGAACUAAUCCAUAGUAUCCAUUUCUAUCUGCAAAGAGACACAUCCUGUUGCAAUUCCAAUUCCAAACUAAAAUAAUCCUUAUAUCACUUAUUUGUAAAAGAUGUCCCAUUAUUCAUCCUUCCAAAGUUUACAGGAUUAUAAUGUCCCUUAAAUUGAGACAACAUUAAAUAUUAAAAUUGUAGACAAUGGAUCUGGAAUCAAUGUUUAGAAACUCAAAUUGAUCUAAGAAAUUUUAAAUAAUGACAAUUAUUACUAAUUUACAACUUCAUCAUCUGAUGGAUUCUAUUUAGGUUUAAGAUCCUGUAAUCUUUUACUUCAAAAAUUAAAUAAACAGUCAACUGUAAAUAUCUACAUUCGUUCAACAGAGAAAGAAGAGACAGAAGUGACUUUAAAGUUUCUGAUUCAUAAUUAGAUCAAAGAUUACGAAUUAUCAAUAGAAUCAGAAGAUAGUAUAUAGCAAAUCAGAAUUUAAAAGAAAGAUCAAAAUAAGUGUGAUUGUUUAUAGCACAUUAUGAUUGUUGAUGAUGAACCUUUUAAUAACCUUGUAUUAGAGUCAAUUUUGAAAUCUCUUCAUUUUAAAGUGGUCAAAGCGUAAAAUGGAUUGGAAGCAUUGAAAUUAUAUAGGGAAUAGUAUGAUCUAUGUGAUAUUGAUGAGUGUAAAUUGUUUUAUGCAAUAUUUAUGGAUUAUCAAAUGCCCAUAAUGAACGGAUUGGAAAGUACAAAAGCUAUUAUAGAGGAAUGUAAUAAAUUAAAAUAAGUGUAACCAACGAUUAUUGGAUGCACAGCAUUCUCUGCAACUGAUGAUAUUAAUGAAUUAUUGAAUGCUGGAAUGAAAUCUGUAUGCAUCAAACCCAUCAGUAAAGAUUCGAUCAAACAAAUAUUAUCUCAUUUAUAAUGA